CUCCUCGCCGCCAUCGCCGCCGCGCCUUGGUGCGUCCCACUCGCCCGCUUCCUCCUUCCUCCCCCCGUCGGCUGCGGCGCCAAGGAAGGGCGAGCGGGCAUGAAGGCCGGGAGGAAGAACCUGCGGCGCGCGUCGCAGGAGGGCACCGCCGUCACGCUCGCGGAGAACGAGAGCAUCAUGCAGGUCGUCACGCUGCGUGGCUCCAACCUCAUCGAGGUCACAGACGGCGAGGGCGUCAAGUCUCUCGCCCUGAUCCCCGCCAAGUUCCAAAAGUGUUUCUGGAUCAAGAACGGGAAUUUCGUGGUUGUUGAUGCUAGUGGGAGGGACGAGGCUCUAGAAUCUGGAAGCAAGAUAGCCUGCGUCGUGUCGCGAGUCCUCUUUCAUGACCAAGUUCGUGCGCUCCAGAAAUCUGGCGAAUGGCCGGCUAUCUUCAAGUCAACUCCCAAUGGGUGGGCGACAGGGCCAGAAGGAACGAAAUCACAGGCUGAGGAAGAGCAGAACUCCGAAGAAGAAGAAGAAGAAGAAGAAGAUGAUGAUGAUAAUGAUAUGCCUCCACUAGACGCUAACACGAACCGAAAUAGGCCAUUUGAAUUGCUUUCCGAUACACACAGUGAUUCUGAUUCUUGGGCAGGUAGACAUAGGCAUAGCCAUGGACGAUGUCAUCCUAUGGCUACCGUCUGCUUGUACACCGGAUGUAUUUAAGCCGAAGUUCGGGCACGACAUCGGAACCUGCCCAAUCAUCUGUCUGAACAAAAUCAGUGAGUUUUAUCGACAUUAAGUGGCGGAGCAUGAUGAAAAUUGCCACACGGACUGUAAUAUGAACAAAACAACAAUGUUCCAUAUGCUGU